GUCUCAGUAGUGGUUUAUGUGAGGUGUCUGCUGCCCUCGGAAGUGAAAAAUAGUAAGACAAACAGCAAGCGUUAGCCAAGAACAAGAUAAUAAAAAAUAGAUCAUAUCUGCAUAAGCAGAACGAAAACACUCUCCUAAUACAGAAUAAGAAUAGUUCCAUACAAAAUGCAAUAACUACAUUUUCUUUCUACGACAAGCAUUUCUGUUUGCCAUAUUUGGUCAAUUUGAGGAGCAAAGCUACAGGGCUCGAGUUAACCACUUCGAAAGGAAGACUACAUUUUAUCAUCUUCCCUUCCUUUACGGAAGAGAAAAGUGAGUUGCUCUUGCUGUCAUCUUUCACAAUGUUAUUUCGGCAAUAACCAGAUACAAUAUGAGGCCAGUCGUGCCCAAGGAUUGUAAUGAUUGAUCCUUGAUCCAAUGCCUUCAAAGUUUCUGCAUUGGAUAGGCUACCGUGGACAAUGGCGCCUGCCAUUCCAGUAUUAUUCAGCCGUCCUUAUCUGACUCUUCAGCCCUGCUGAAGUGUAGUGUCAGAGAAGGUGCGGUCAGUGAGAAUGGGUCAAGGUCCCUACCUGCCGUGAGAUUGGAUACUUUUUUUUUGGCACUUUAAUCAAGAGACAGGGCUGAAGAUGGAGAAAGGGGUGGCUGAGAGCGAGAUGGAGGAAGAGACAUGGACUGUAGAGGCAGCUGAGGAGAGCCCUGAAGAGCUGCCCUCAGGUGUUCCUACCCUCUUGUCUUCCACCUCCAUGCCUGGCCAGUGGGAAGUCAGAGGAGAUGAGGAAACUCAUCAACCAGUUACCAAAGAGGACAUGACAGACCAUCUCAAAGCUACCCCUCAGGAUAUCCCGACUCCAAUCAACCAGGACUCAGGAGAAGCAGAGUAUUGUGGGAUUGCAGAGGCCAAAGAGGAUGAAGUCUCUCUGAAACAGGAAGGGUCGGAGCAUGUGGUCAGAGAAGGAAAUGAGGAGACUGAGGGUGGAGAUGAAGACGAGAAUGGAGGAGGAGGCCGAAACGAAGUCGGGAGGGAGCCUGGCAUGAACGGGGAGUCGGGAUGGAAGAGCUCAGGGGCUGGAGGGAGGAAAGGCCGGUUCCGGAACAGUGGAGGAGGAGUGGUGGCAGCCUCCGAGCAGAAUACCCAGGCUACAUCAUCAUCAUCCUACCUCCCUAAAGGGUCCCUGUCAUCGGGCGGUGGGAGGCACAAGCAGGCCCGGAGGCGCAACCACCACCACCACCAGGGCCGGGGCCGGCGGCAGACAGGCACCCAGCUUACCUUGGCCUUCAGGGAGCUGCUGUCAGAGUCGCUCAGCCCCUGGUGCAUCUCCUGUAUCCACAUGGUGGUGGAGAUCAUUGUCUCUGUGACCCACCGCUGCGGGGUGGCCGUGGAAGGCGCAGGGAUAGCCCUCUAUGACCUCGGCUCACAGCUGCUCAACAAGGUCACAGACGUGCCAGGGAUGAAGGCGGACGCCCGGCGCGUGCUGGAGAGGGUGAGUUGUGCUGGAACGGUCCUGGUGGAUAAGAGCAUCCGGUCGGUGGAGUGGGUCUGGCAGGCCUCCCUGACCUGCUUCGGACUCCUCUGUGCUGUGGUGCUGCUGGGUUCCCAGUGGGCCCAGUUCACGCUCGUCCGGCUGGGCGGGGAGAGGGGCCAGCGGUGGUGGACAGCCGUGCAGGACUCCAAGGUCUGGAGGAGGGUGGCCUUGCUGCUGCAGAGGAUCAGCAGCUGGUUCAGGAGGAGGAGAGGCACCACCACCCAGGUGCCCCCUUUCACCCCAGAUUCUCCCGGUGGAGCAGUUAGGUACCAGCCUGGGCAGGAGCUGGAGAGACUGCUGGCGCUGGCUCAGGUCCCUGAAGAGGAGUUGGACCCUUUUAUAGUGUUGGGGGUGGAGGCUCACGCAACUGAAGCUGAGCUAAAAAGGGCCUACAGACAGUUGGCUGUCCAGAUCCAUCCAGACAAGAACAAGCACCCGCGCGCUGGGGAGGCCUUUAAGGUGCUCAGGGCUGCCUGGGACAUCGUCAGUAACCCAGAGACACGAAGGGAAUACGAGCUGAAGCGCAUGGCGCAGACGGAACUCUCCAAGUCGAUGAAUGAGUUCCUCACCAAACUGCAGGAUGACCUGAAGGAAGCUAUGAACACCAUGAUGUGUACGAAGUGUGAGGGUAAACACAGGAGGUUUGAGAUGGACCGGGAGCCUGCUGUGGCGCGGUUCUGUGCAGAGUGUAACAGACGCCACAGCGCCGAGGAGGGAGACCUGUGGGCCGAGUCCAGCCUGCUAGGCCUACGCAUCACCUACUUCGCCUGCAUGGAUGGCAAGGUCUACGACAUCACAGAGUGGGCCGGCUGCCAGAGGAUAGGCAUCUCUCCAGACACACACCGCGUGCCCUAUCACAUCUCCUUCGGCUCCAAGAACAACAGUAGCUCCACGCAGCGCCACAGGACACCUCCAGGCCCAGAGCACCCUCCUCCAGGCCCGACCAACCCCGCUGACCUGCAGGACUUCUUCAACCGCAUCUUCCAAGGGGGACCUCCCCCCGACAUGGCUGCCAACGGGGGUUUCUUCCCCUCAGGACCGCCCCCCCACCAACCCUCUGGUGCUGGACCGGGACCUAGUGGACCUUUCUCCCCUCCUCCACCACAGACUGGCUUCUUCAUGCCUCCGGGAGGGCCCCGGCCGGAGCCCAGUGAGACGUGGGCCGAUAGCGGAGGCAAGCCUCCUCCCCGGAGGAGGAGGAAGGUCCGCAAGCCCUUCCAGAGGUGAGAGCGGCCAUUGUUGUGACGUGUCAUCGUAGCAACACGGGGACACUCAACACACGGCCAUGUCUGUCGACGAGCCUGGACCUCCCCCUACUGUACAUAAGUUGAAGGAUCAGUCAAACUCAGGAAGAUUCACACGGGUCAGGGGCUGCCUCAUGUAUCAAAAGACUGACAAUACAGAGGCCAUGAGCCAGAGGUUUGAGCCUGGACCAUGUAGAAGAAGACGGAACUAACUCAGAGUUUAAGUAUAUUUGGGGUUAGGAGGUGACAGUCUUUUUGCUUCUCCCCCUCACAUUGUUUUUUUUUGUCGUUUUUUUUCUUGUGAAACAGCUGUAGCCAUGCCACUGAUAUCACAAGCCUAUUGCUAACAAUGCAAACACAUUUCCUUAGGUCUUACUUCCCUGCACAAUCCUGCAUCAUUACAUGCCAUUGGACGCUUAUGUUCUUGACACGUUUGUAAUAAUUUUUUUAACAAAAAGGGUCACCUAUUCUUGCUUCAGGUCUUGGUGCAGACUGUGAAACUGUGUGUGUGAGGGGACAGGGCUGGAAGAAGCCAAUCAGAAUUUAUGAAUUGCUGGAUCGGACGGCUCAAGCUACAUCCUGGAAGAAGACGGUGUCCAGAGAGAGGGCUGGUCUGCCCGUUACGGCUUUGACACACCCAUCCUUCCGCCCGUUGCCUUCUUUGAUUAAUUGUUAUCUGGUUAGAUUAUCAUUUGAGCAACUGAUUUUCUGCAAUUUUUAUUACUUUUAAUGAAGUUAGAGUGAACGUUUGCAUAGUUGUGACAUUUGUCACUAUUGGAAAGUAAGUUGGUGAGUGAAAGUUGUCUCUCUGCCAAAUGUAGAUAUCAACUCUGUCUAGAGUACAGUGAAUACUUUAAUCUGUCAACAAAUUGAAUCCCACGUAGAAGCACUAUGAUGAGGCGUCAGACUUAAGCAGGUUCACAUUAAAAUCAAGACUGUUAUAUUGUGAGAGUCAAGGACCUAGGCUAUUUACUGCUUUCAGUCCCUAAGUAUUGGUGUUAUUGUCUGGACGGCAUCCUAUGGAUCAAGAAAAAGGUAGUUUCAGCUCUUAAUUGCAUUUUAGCACCCUUUAAAGAUUGGAGGUGACUAAGUUUCCAUUGUGAACACAAUGACUGUGCAGUGUAAAAGAUUAGUUAUCAGAGGCUACUCUUUGAUAUUUACUUUCCAACAGUUUAAAGGUUGAUUGAAAGACAGGGGAGCUGAAUGUCAACAGUAACAGUUCUAUUACCACCACAUUUUAUUUCAAAGAAAAGCUACCACUGCCUUUGCUUUCACCCCACGCUCAGACAAUAUACUCCAGAUUGAAGAGGGAUAGAGCGCACAGAAUUCAGAUCUCUAACAAUAUGUCUACUCAUUAUGGCAAAUCAUUGUGUUUUUCCUGUGGAGAUGGCGUAUUGGAAAUAAAUGUGGUAAAAGUUUGUCUAAUUCCUCUUAAAUGUUGAGGUCUGGGGCAAUAUGAAUCAAGCUUCUCAGAGUAGGCGUGCUGAUCCCGGACCAGUCCUGUCCAUGAAAAGGCUAAACUGUCCAUGAAAAGGCUAAACUGAUCCUAGAUCAGUGCUGCUACUCUGAGAUGCUUAAUGAAUAUGGGCCCUGGUAUCAGUUCCAUUAGCCUCUUGUUGGUUGUACCUUUGAUUUGUGUCAUUCUGUGGAUGUUGGGAGAUUAAGUGGUACCUGGGGUCCCUUGUUGCACAUGUUUAUUUGCUCUCUUUAAAGUGAAAAAAGUUGAAUGCAAUUGUCCACUUAAUUGGAGGUAUUAUAGGAGGUUUAAUUUAAUCUCAGUUUUAGGCUGAAUUGCUUGCGCUGUCAAUUAUGUUUUAGAUACCCUAGUUGACUUGAGAAUGUAUGGCUUAAGUAGCAGCCUAAAACGGCAAGUCAACUAACGGCUCCCAGCGUGGAAGAGCCAACAUCCCAGAUUAAUUUUAGUUUUUCCCAUGAUAUUUUUAAACAGUAUAUGCAAAAAAAAAGAUUGCAAAAAAUCUGACAAUCGGGGUUAAAUGUGCAUUUUUUUAAAUUUGUUCUGUGGUAGGAAAGUGUGAGUUUGCUGGCAAGAGUUUAUUGCAAUUGUGAAACAUCACUGUUCAGUUGAUUUUAGCUUUUUUCUGGAUUUCAUAGUAAAGUUGAUUUCCUACA